CGUGCUCAAAAAGCGAACGGGGCUGCCCGCCCUUCUCCUCUGGCUCGCCCUUUGCAUUUUCCGGAGCAUGCUUCUUGACGAUUGCCUCUGCAGCAGCAGCAGCGGCGGCGGUGGUGGUGGUGGCGGUGGCGGCAGCAGAGGCAGCGUCGCGGCUCGGAGGUUCCAAGGGGGGGGGGACAUUUGAGCCCUCGGCAUCCCGUCCACAGGUGGCUGGGCCGCAGCACCUGAGGCCGGCCCGUGGACAUCCCGUUCCCGUGUGCUGUCACGUUCCGCGGCUGAGCUGAGUGGCCCACGGAGUUCUACCCAUCGCGUGGAUUUCCAGAAGGGGGAGAAAAAAGCCCCCCAAUAUCAACGGGAAUGGCAUCGGUGGUGAGCUCGCUGGUCAUCGUCAGCCCGUCGUCGCAGUACCUCGAGCGCAGGGCCAUCAGCGGCAUCAGCCUGAUGCCCUCUCCCAAGCAGGCGGGGUCCCCCUGGCAGGCAGGCGACCGCAGCGACGCUAACAACAACGACGACGACGACGACAACAACAACAACAACAAGGGGACAUUGGGCGCCACCUGCGACAACAACGGCGCCGACACCCAGCAGCGGCAGCAGCAGCAGUCGGGAACGUGUGAUGGCGAGGCGUCCUCCCCAAGGCUCGGCGAACAAGAACGCGUUGAGAAUGUGCCGGGGAACGACGCAGAUGGACACAACGAGACACAGGCAAAGCCGGUUGCGGCAGUGGCAUCAGCAUCAGUGGCAGCACCGUCGACAGCAGCGGCACCAGCGGCACCGGUGGCCGUGAGCUCCGACCUCCAAGCUCCAUCGCCUCCAUCUCCCGGCACCAGCUACACGGUGCAGAAGAAGAUCACUCUGCGUUCCGCACACGGCGCGCCACGGGUCCAGCCCGGCGCGCGCUGCAGCUCCGAGUCCGUGACGCUCUUCCUGCGCAGCGGCAGCGGCGCCGGCACGAGCGUCGCCGGAGCCGCCGCCAUCGUCACCGGGACGCCUCAGGCAGCGCGUCGCGACGUGGAGCCGCUCCCCGCCAGCGCCGCAUCGCUCAGCCGGAGCGGAGGCCGGAGAGACGGUGAGCGGCACGGCGGCAUCGCGGGCAAGAAGGACGACGGCGGUAGUGGUGGCGACGACGACGACGAUGACGCCGCCGAGCGACGGGAAGAGGAUGGACACACGGCGGUGGCAGCUGCGGCGCGGUGCAACGCUGCCGCAAGAGACGGCGGCGGUCGCGUGCGGGCAGGAGGAGUUGCGGUCGGGCAGGGAGAUCGCGUGGGCCACGCGGAGACCGCCCCGGCACGCGUGUGGGAGGAUGACGGGUGGUCGGCCGAUGGCGCAGAGGCAGCCGUCAGCUCGCUGCGCCUGCCGGGCCACGCGGGCGACACCGCGGGUACGCCGGGUGACGGUGUUGGGACUGGCGACGAGAGCGACGCCGGUGUGCCAGAGCGCGACGUGGCAAAAAGCGCCGCCUGUUGUGCGGAAGCUGCAAGAGAAGCCACUAUUUUCGCGAAAUCGGACACGUUUAACGACAACCGCAACAACAACAGCAGCGGUAGCAGCAGCAGCAUCUAUUUUUCAUCAGAAAUAUCUCACAUCGGGCACCAAUAUCAUCCUCCAAUGCCUUUUUCGGGGACGGCUCUAUCAAGGGACAACAAAACGGACCACGUUCCAAGCCUUAAUCAUUCCAGAUCCGCUGCCAGGAUAACACUAAGUUCCUGUCAUGCCACCAGCGCCGUUACCACGAUGUUCGGAGCGCAAACGGUCAGCACCUGUGCGCACAAUUUCCAGACCCCCCAGGAACAAGACUGCCGAGAUUUCGUUGCCCAAUUUGAGCGUCUCUGCAGGAGUCUUGAGGGGCAGCCAACGGCGGAGGAGCGGUCAGCCGAGAGCGCCGGCAGACCCGCUCUCACCGCGGUGCAGAACUCCUCCGAGACGCGGCCUGUUGCGCUUUCCCCGGACGGAAAAUAUGCAAUCGGUGGAAAGCUUCCUCCCGAUUCGCCAUCCGCGCCCAUUCCCAAUGACGCUGGGCUGGCCCACGGCGACAGCACGUGGCCUUCGGCCAGCAGCGAAAGUCGCUGUCACGAAGUCGCGGCGAACAGCGAAGAGCGACGGGCGCCGAGCGACGGCCACGACGCGGGUCCGCCGUCGCCGACGCACCGCGACGAUUUCCAACAUUCAAAGCCGGCGGAGCUGGCGAAUGAUGCCGAACCCUCGGAGGGCGAGGAGGCGCGCACGCGUACGCCUUCAGGCGAGCGUACUAUCACCGUCGGAGAAAGCCAAGGGGGCAAAUUCCCGCUGACAGACACGGCUACGCCUAAUGAAUUCCCUCUUACGAAAGGUCACGAAAGGUCACCGCCGGCGGAGCAUCUCCUCUCCCCGUUGCCAGAUCCCACCGCCCCAGAAGCAAAACGGCAACACGCAGACAGAACGGAGCUCGCUCAGGCAAGCUCCGUGGACGCUGGCGAGCCACCCUUGUGCGGCCCGCAGUACCGGGGUGAGGAGGGGGACGACGAGGAAGCAUCCCCGGGUCGACGGCAAUCCGAGCUGACGGCGCCAUCUACAGCGACGAGGGGUCGCGACGAGGUGCUCGCGAGCGCGACCCCUCCGGCUGACGGGCGGCCGUCUCGUGAGACAGUCGAGGAAGGUCUCGAAAGUCCGCCUGCGGAGAAGGACCGGUUGAGUGGUGGACGCGGGGCGGGGGAGCUGGCAGAACGGCUCGGGGUUGCCUUUGCGGAGAAGGAACGGUUGAAAGGUGGACGUGAUGCCGAGGAGACGGAGGAAAGGAUCAAAAUUCCCUUCACAGAGAAGCAAUGGGGGAGAGUUGAACACGUGGCUGAGGAGUCGGAGGAAAAGCUUCAAUUUCGCGUUGCGCAGGAGGAUUGGUUCAAGGGUGGACACAGCUCUGAGGAGCGAGAGAAAAGGACGGAGAAGGACGCGUUGACUGGUGGACAUUGGACCGUGGUGGAGUCACAUCAUGAAAGCAGCAGCAGCAGCAGUAGCAGCCACAGCAGCAGGAGCAUAACCGUCGAGGCUGAACGAUCGGCUCGACUGGACAUGUGGGGGAAUGACGCAGAGCCCCAGGGAGAUGGCGGAGACAAGCGCAGAGACAAGGAGGCGCUCUGGGACCUGCUCCAUCGAACCGGCGACGUGAACGAGCGCAGGAGGAUCCGUGCCGCCAUGCGGGACGUGGGCCGGGAAUCGCGAGCCACGCGGUCCCCAGCGACCGACAAGCGAGCAACGGAAGAGCGACGCGACCGAGGAGACAAGCUCUCGCUCGCCCACUUGGCAAGCUCCGUGGGAACCCCUCUCUCUGGACUGGCGCGGUCGGCCAGCGCACUGGCCUGGCGCGGCGGUGUCGGCACUCACCUGGGGAGUCCGAUGGCCGACAUCGGCCCCCUCCAUCGCCGUCCCUGCCUUAGCGCCGUGCACGAAACGCCCCGAAGCCUUGGGCAGGCCCGAACAAGAAGCCUAAGAGGCGAGUCGCCAAGUGGAAGCCACACGAAGCAGUCUGCGACUGUUGACGGUGCUUCGCGCGGUUGGAACUCAUGGCGUCAUCAGCGUGGCGACCAAACGACGAAGCCGGAGCAAUCGUCCUGCGGCGGCACGAACGCGAGUCCUCUCGGCUGCCGGGCGCAGGACCCUCCUGGAAGGAAGGAUGCCAGACUCGGGCCCGGCGGCCAGGGAACACCGCUCCAGCGCUCGGCCAGCGUGAUGUCUCCCGGCAACGUGAUGCAGCUGACGCUCGAGUGGUGCAAGACGCGCACGGAGAACUAUGCGAACGUGAGCGUCAGGAACUUCUCGUCCAGUUGGUGCGACGGCAUGGCGUUCUGCGCCCUCGUGCACAGCUACUUCCCGGAGGCGUUCGACUUCUCCGAGCUGAGUCCGCAGAACCCGCGGCACAACUUCCAGCUCGCCUUCACCUGCGCCGAGCGUUUGGCCCACUGUGACCCUCUACUGGACGUGGAAGACAUGAUCAUUAUGGGCAAUCGGCCCGACUCCAAGUGCGUCUUCACGUACGUGCAAUCCCUCUUCAACCGCCUCCGCAGGCUGGAGCUACUAACGAGGUCCGUCAAUCAGGGGAAUUAGGGGCUUCGACGGCGACGACCCGCGCACGUCAAGCUGCGACGUAAUUGGGAAUCUUUACGGCAAAGCGCGGCUUGCCGACGAACGAUGUCGCGUUGCUCCGGUAACAGUGAUGCGGGUGCGGCGCGCGGGAUGCGCUCGUUCGGGUGGGAUUGGGGGGUUGUGGUGACUUUUGCGGUUGUGGCCGUGUAGCUCUCCCCGGUGUGUUAUUCGGGUCACAGCAGCGCGUCUUGUUGUUUUGGUUGUUGUUGUUGUUGUCGUUGUGGUUGUUGCUGCUGCUCGGUGCGACGUCCCGACGCUCCGCUCCACGUGCUGGAAGGAGCUCCUUCAGUUCGGCGAAACGUCGGACAUCAUGCCGAGCAACACGCGGGGCGAGCCCCCGAAAACACGACAGGAGGGUGGUGACUUUGGCGUGUUGAUGUUUUUUUACGGGCAAUACGACUCAUUAGCGCAUGGGCCAGGUGUGGCACUACCACCAGCCCCCCCCCACCCCACCGUAUCUAAACGUAUAGUGUCCUGCUAUUCUACAGACUUUUCAAUUGGGAGGUGGCUAAAACGGAAAUAAUUCUGUAUCCCAGCCACCCACACACCCCCCCCACCAAAAAAUAAAAAUCAGGAGAAACCUGGAGUAUGGACUAUUCAGUUCUCCCGGCAUGUGGAGCAAAACGUCGGACAUCGUGCCAAGCAACAGCAAGCGUCACAACCCGAAAACACAGUGGAGCUGGCCCACUCUCUCGUUAACGACUGUCAAAUUAUCCCAUUUCCUAAACGUAUAUAAGUGGUGUAUGUUUGUGUAUUAUAUAGGCUAUAUGAAAUGAACGUGAAUACAUAAUAUAUGUAUAAAAUAAUGAUACAAAUUACAAAGCAAUGUUUUCUGUUUGUGAUUUGCAAAAACUUUAUAUGGUAAUAUUUCUUCACUAAACUUUUUUUGUAAUAAAUGUCGCGGUUGCAAUUA